AUUGAUGUCCGGGAUUAGAGAUGGGAGCCUGGAAAGAUGCAGAGACUUUAUCGCACAGCGGGGAUGAGGAUGACCCCGGGGACCGGGCCGCGAACCCAUGGAACAUUAUGAUAAAACAUCGUCAGGUGCAGCGGAGGGGACGCCGCUCUCAUGUGUCUGUGAGUUUCACAGACCCUGCAGUUUCAAUGGAUCUGUUACGGGCAGUGCUGCAGCCAAGCAUUAAUGAGGAGAUACAGAGUGUUUUUGAUAAGUACAUGAAGUUCUUUCAGAAGGCUGCAAGUAAUGUAAGGGAUAACAUUGGAGAGCAGGUGGACCCCGAGCAAUUAAUCCGUGAGACCUGUCGUAACUGUUUGGAGCAGGCAAAGGUUCUCUUUACUGACAAAGAGAAGGGAGUGUCACGGCCAAUAUUAGACAAUUCUUCCAUAAAGAGAGCAAGACAAGGAGAGGAUGAUCUGUCCAUGCGAAGAAGCCCAGUGCCAAAAAAGAGAAAGGGGAGGCCACCUGGGCAAACAGUGUCCAGUGACCGAGCCAGUUUAGGAUUUACAUCAAUGAAGUUUAAAGCUACUGAGCCAAUUAAACGUGAAGGGCCAAAGUGGGACCCAGCAAGACUCGAUGAAAGGACCACUUUUGUACUUGGUUCAAGAGCAAACAAGGCCCUAGGAAUGGGAGGUACAAGAGGGAGAAUUUACAUUAAGCACCCUGAAUUAUUUAAGUAUGCAGCCGACCCUCAGGAUAAACAGUGGCUGACCGAGCAGCAGCACAUGAAGGCUACUGGCGGAAAGAUGGCAUAUCUACUUAUGGAACAAGACAUCCUGGAUUUGGCUGCCAAUGAUGAUUACAAGGAUAGUCUGGAGCUGAAGCUGGAUGAGUUGAAGCCAUUUUCUGCACCAACAUGGAUGAUCGUGAAGAUGAGAAAGUAUAUGGAAUUGCUCAGAACAGAGCAAGAUUAGCAAGCUUCCAGCUUUUUUAACAUUCCUGCUUCUGUGCCUGGCUACUGAAGAUGCACACAAAGGAGCAUAAACUAUACAAAGUAUUCGAAAAUGCAUUCAAAAUGUUAACUGAAGCCCCAUAUGAAACUUGAAUAGAAAAUAUGUAGCUCUAUUGUACUAACCUUGAGGUACAAGUAUCUUUGCUCAGUAAAGAUCCAUGUCUACAAAGCUGCAUCUUGAAGCUUCAUAUCUUCAGCCCAUACUAUUGAUAGCCUAAAAGGAGAAUAGUGCACACAGAUCAGCACUCAGACAUGCCCAGUAAGCAGCACGUUAAGCAUGUGCAGUGCCACCAAUACCAGCAAAAGAGCUGUCCUAAAUCAUAAUUAUUUAAUGCUACAGGCAAUAACAUAGGAGACAUACCACCAUAUGAUAUAAAAGGCACUAAGUUUGCCAUGGGGCAGUAACAGCCAAUACGAUGUUUGCUUUUAAACAAGUGACUGGUAAAUUCUACCUGCUUGAUUGGUUGCUAUGGGUUACUGCUCCUGGGCAAACUGAGUAGCUUUUAUUACAUAACCCCAAUAGUUCUGAGUUGUCAUUGAGCUGCUGUAAAUCUGGGCUUGUACAAGCCAAUGCAUAUGGUGCUUCAUUUUUAGUAAAAUCCCCAACCAUUUUAAAAUGACAUAAUUGAACACCAUUUAGUGGCAUUGCAUGGGUCUCCUGCAUCCUACCCAGUUCCUAUCCUAUCCUCUGCAGGUCUACGUGUGCCAUCCUACCAAAAAUAUAUGUAUUCGAUUAAAAAAAAAAAA